GCCCCGGCGCCCCAUUCCUCGCUGGCUGUCGGCGGCCGGGAGCGGGCAGUGGGCGACUCACUCAUCGGCCGUCGCAGUCAACUGCAGGUCCGACACACGCAACGCCCUAUGCCCCGACAACGGCCAAGUCCAGGAACAAGCCCACUUGCCCACAGAACCGGCAUGCCAAAUUCCACGUGAAACUCGGGCAUUUGCACCAAAUUCCCCCGGAGAGUCGUCCGCACAGCAGCAAAAUCAAAGGAAGUCGCCCCCGAGGCAGGAGCUAGCUAGGUGCUUCGGCAAAGCAAGCAGAGCUUUGCGUGUGUCCGCGCGAGUGACAGGCCGCUUUUACAUGUGCUUCGUGUGUGGCGUCCCGUGCACUGCGACGUCAACAUGACUCGGAUACUACUUGUCGCCGUUGCCGCUUUGAUCUCCGUGGGUCCGAUUAACAGCGCGGAAGUUUACACCGACCAAUUUGUGGUUCACGUCGAAGGAGGCGCUGAGCUGGCUAGGGAGCUCGCGAGCAAGCACGGCUUCGAGUACUUGGGACAGGUGUUUGGGGACCACUAUCACCUGCGGCAUAAACGCAUCGCCAAGAGGUCCCUGCAGCGAAGCGAGGAGCACCACAGGAGUCUAGAACAAGAACCCAAUGUUCGGUGGCUUUCGCAACAGACCCUGAAGCGGCGCAGCAAGCGAGAAUUCCGCGAAACCGUCCUCAACGAUCCACGAUGGUCGGAAAUGUGGUACCUGAACCGCGGCAAGUCGUUGGACAUGAACGUGCAGAAUGUGUGGAAGAAAAACAUCACGGGGCGCGGCGUGGUAGUUACCAUCUUGGACGAUGGCCUCGAGAAGGACCACCCGGACUUGGUCGAGAACUACGAUCCCCAGGCCAGCUGGGACAUGAACAACCACGAUCCUGAUCCUCAGCCGAGAUACGACCUGGUCGACUCGAACCGGCACGGUACGCGCUGCGCGGGUGAAGUGGCGGCCGUGAAGAACAAUUCAAUAUGCGCGGUUGGCGUGGCUUUCGGUGCGGGCAUCGGAGGCGUGCGCAUGCUGGACGGAGACGUGACUGACGUAGUGGAGGCGCGAUCGCUGGCGCUCAACAACCAGCACAUCGACGUGUACAGCGCCUCGUGGGGACCCGACGACGACGGCAAGACGGUGGACGGUCCGGGCGAGCUGGCCACGCGGGCUUUUCGCGAGGGCAUCGAGCGCGGCCGCGGCGGCCUCGGGUCCAUCUUCGUGUGGGCCUCGGGAAACGGGGGCCGCGAGCGCGACAACUGCAACUGCGACGGCUACACCAACGCCAUCUGGACGCUGUCCAUCAGCAGUGCCACCGAAAAUGGCCUGGUGCCCUGGUACAGCGAGGCCUGCUCCUCCACCCUUGCCACCACUUACAGCUCGGGAUCUACGGGCGAGAGGCAGAUUAUCACGACAGAUUUGCAUCACGGUUGCACCUCCACUCACACGGGAACGUCUGCAUCAGCUCCUUUAGCGGCGGGAAUUUGUGCACUCGCACUUGAAGCCAAUCGCCGACUGACAUGGAGAGACAUGCAACACAUAGUUGUUAGGACUGCUAAGCCCGCCAACCUGCACACAAGUGAUUGGCAGAAAAACGGAGUUGGACGCAACGUGAGCCACUCGUUUGGAUAUGGCCUGAUGGAUGCGGAUGCCAUGGUGGCUUUAGCCAAAAGGUGGACCACCGUGCCACAGCAGAAGACGUGCUUGGUCAGAGCCCAGCCCAUGGACAAGUUGAUAUCCCCCAAGAGUCACGUAGAGCUAAAACUGAAUGUGAACUGCGAAAACGUCCGCUUUCUGGAGCAUGUUCAAGCGAAGGUCACGUUGUCUGCAACACGGAGGGGUGACAUGCACAUUUACCUCACCUCACCUGCAGGAACAAGGUCGACCCUCUUAGCCCAGAGGCCUCUUGACAAUUCUCGGUCAGGCUUCCAGGCCUGGCCUUUUAUGAGUGUCCACACAUGGGGCGAAAGCCCCAAUGGGCGUUGGAAGCUUGAAGUACACAACGAUGGACGCUACUUUGGAAAAGCUACCUUAAAGGAGUGGUCCUUGAUCUUGUAUGGCACGACCGAGGACCCUGAGGUGUGGUCAGCGGGUGCUGGUGCGCACCCUCCACCUCAGUAUGGGAGUGACCCCAGUGUGCCAGAAAAGGAGAAUGAAAAGGAGGCACUGCCCACACCCGCCGCUCCUCAGACGACUCGAAGGACCACGACCAAGGCACCGACGACCCUUCGGCCAUCACCACCAUUGGUUCCCAUUGCGCCGACAUCCAAGGCAUUCCCCGUGUACCGGCCUAUGAAGCCUCCGCCUUCUUUAGGACGGCCACCCAGCGACCAUGAGUCACUCGACAACUUCAUUCAUUCCGACUCGCGCCGACCAGCGGAGAGUCUGCCAACGGGACUGUCGGUGCACGGGACUCGGGAGAACCCGGCCCGUGGCACCGGCGUGUCUAGCAGCAAGCCCGUCGAAGGAAGUGGCGCGGCAGCGCAUGGCUGCGGCGCUGGCGGCCCUUGCCUAGAGUGCCCGUAUCCCCAGUAUGCCACGUGGUCCGGCUGUGUCGACAAGUGCCCGGACAGCACCUACCCGUCGCAGUCAUCCUCAUCUCCACUGACACUUGCUGGUUCCUCUGAGAGAACUGCUGCACUCACGUGCGAGCGCUGCCACUAUUCGUGCCGUGUGUGCCGAGGCCCCAGUGAUGACCAAUGUAUGCGCUGCUUUGGUGAUGCCGACUUGGUGGAUGGUGGUUACUGCCAGUCCAAGGUCCUUCUGGCCAGGCUCAACACUGCGGCUGUCUGGUACAAGGCAAUGACCGUGGCCCUAAUGACCCUCUGUGUUGUCAUCGUGUCCGUGGCAGGCCUUGUGCUGGUGACGCAGACCAACUGCUUGGCUGCUUGCUGUGGUGGCCGAACUAGCAGCCGAGACGCCCCUGGCGGCCGCAGCGCACGGUACUCUGGUUUGCCAGUGCACACGAGCACCUUUCCCGAGGAUGGCAUCAUACAGGCACCAGUGACACCGUACCACUCCAAAGACAGCAGUACACCGAAGAAGCCCAAUGUCAAGCCUUACAGAGACGACGACAUUUAAGACAUCUUCCUUUGACACAAGAAGCUGGCUGCUAAGUCUUGUGCAGCAUGCUAGGAAGGGUGCAGUUUGAAAAGCUGGGAGUUUUAUCUACUACUUGUAUUGUGUAUGAGCAGCCAAAAGCCAUUUACCAGUUGAGGUACCACCUAGUAGUGGUAUUUUACAAAGGUAGUCUGCUGCUUGAAAGGCCAUUGAAUUAAGACUCCUCUAUGUCAUACUGCCUAGCAUUGUGUGCCAGGUCUGCGAGGUAGCUGAUCCUUCCGGAAGUUGCUUCGAAGUGGCUGAUGGCGUAAUGCGCCGCAAUCAUCCUUUACCGUCGACCGAAGUGCUUUCGUGCAGUGUGGACUUGUCACUGAUUGAGAGCUGUGCCAGUCUGUGGCUACAAGAGACUUACAAGAACUGCCAUGCUGGCACGUGAUGAAUGAACAAGCAGUGAAAAACUUUAAACAGACAUUUGUCUUUUGUGAGAAAGACUCUGCGACGCCAAGUGUGUAAAUGUGGCCUACAAGCAUGGCGCUGUGAUCUCCUGUGCACGUUGCGUUGUCUGCUGUUUGGUGCAUUAUUGUGGGCAGUGCAGUAUAGCCAUUAAUUCAAGUGAGGGGAGUAGGGAGCAGGCACGGAACAGCUCAUGCUGCGUGUUGCUCUGGGUGAUGCCACAUGAUCACUCAUCUCAUGGAAUGGUUUCCAAGACCUCGCAGCUUUUAUCAGCUGUUUUGCAUUGUAAAACAUCAAUUUCAGCAUGCGAACUAAAUUGGCCUGCUGCCCUUAACUUAUGUCGAAGCAUCUGGUUACGUGUCUAUGCAGUUCGGUCAAAAGUCGAUAAGUACAUUGGAGGAACGAAUGCAUGUGGCGCUUGUUUGGCUCUGAUUAGCAGUGAACACGACGACUGUGUUGUGUCCCACUAGUUAGUUUACAUAGGUUGAAAAAUUGUUUGAAGCAUUUACAUUUGUACUUCAAGGACCAACCUGUUUCUCUUUACACGAACAACACUAAAGUGAGCCAAUGUUUUAUCUUCUUUUAGGUUUACUCUAAAAACUUGUUUAGCAUGCAUUUUAUGCAGUCUUUCUAUAUACUUCUGUUUUCUGUUAUACCUACACCUUUGUUUACACUUGCUUUCUAGUCUGUUUAGCUGCAGGAUUCACUAGAACUUUCAGUAACAGUCUCUCUAAAAUAUUGAUCAUUCAUUUGAAACAUGUUGCGUACAUUGUUGAAAAUACACAUUGCAAAUACUGAUCCGCUGUACGCUUUGCAAGUUAUACAACAGAGCUGUUUUCUGUAAGAAAAAAAUUUCUGAUCAAAUGAUCUGCGUUUUUGUUGUCCUUGCAAUACCUGAAGAAUGGAACAUCCACAAUCGCUAAGCUACUGUCACUGGCCCUUGUCAUGAAGGAUGACAGCUGCCGGUUUCAUUUCUUUUAGCAAUUUUUAGACUUAGCCAUUUAUGGAGAAAAAAAGAUGUGUGCUGCUAUAUACAAGUGCUAUGUAUUUAAUCAUUGCAAAAAAUGCCAGUCUCCUUCUAAUGCUUACAGUAAGCCUGUACCAUGCUGUUGUGCAUUGUAUGAAAACACCACCAUGGCAAGCAACUGAACAAGAGUAGGUUGCAGCAGUCAACCUAUUUUGUCAAAGAAGACAGCGAAAUAACUAAACUUUCUGUUAAGCAGAAAUUAAACUAAAGAAAUGUGUCAAUGUGCGACCUUGAAGAAUAGAGAGUAUAAGCUUUUAACUUGCAUGGAAUGCUAUUCCACAAGCCAUCCUGGCAUAAACCACAACUGGCAUGUGAUGUCUUAUUAUUGUGCAGUUUAUAAGUUGAAAAUAAGUCUAGGUACACAUGGUGUAUCGUUACUUCAACUGAGUUGGUGAACUGGGGCCUUUUACUUUCAGGCAGAACCCAAUUUUACCCAGUUUUCACACCAUAAUUGAGUUCUUUACAAGCUGGGUUAAACUUGAUUUGAAGCAGUCAUCAAAUGAUAUAGUUACAGAACGAAGUUGUAAUUUCUCUUUGGAAUGCCAUAUUCAAGAAAUAUAUAUUUGUUAAAUAGCAUAGUUGAGAAGACAGAGUACAUGAACAGAAAGCAAAUAACAGAAGACACUUUAGUGGGUUGAACAUUAGGCAGCAAAAACUAUUACAAGCUUACAAUAAUAACACAAGCAUAACAAGCUCAUGAAUGAUGGUAAAUUAGAAACAACUAGGUCAAGGCUCUCCUAGAGUGACAUUAGUGAUUGUUGCAUUGAAGAGUUUUGCUCAACUAUAGCAAUAUGGAAGAGAUUGCACAUGACAACUGCUACAGAAGUGAACUGGAGGUGUUAUAGCUAUUGUGGAUGUACUUCAGAAAGAUCUCAUCAGCCAAUUGAUGGAAUAGUAUUCAGCUUUGUUUUGAACAAAUUAUCCCAGAUACAGCCUACCUUCAGGGUGAGUUCGAAGAGUAGCAGCUCUCAGUAUAGAAUAUUGACCUAAAUCUCGCAAUGAUUUUUGCACAAACAAAUUCAGAUCUGUUACUGUAUGUUUCAAAUGGCCGCUGCUAUAGUCAAAUGAUGCUCCCCGAGUAGUAGGUACUCUGAAUUUACAGCUUUUCAUGCUCAGUCUUUCGAGUGACAUUGUCUGGGAGCAACAAUUUUUCUUAUGAACAAAAAGGUAUAGUAGUUGAAGAACACUUCCUUUAAAAUAAUUGUUAAAUUUGUGACAAAUUGCAAAAUUUUCAUUGGCUAAUUGAGAAGUAUUUCUGUUGUUUGCUUUUAGACGUUAAAAAUAACCCAACAUAUCCCCAUCUGCUCAAAUACUGACAAGAACAUACUAUUUCCCUACUGUUAUAAACUAAAAUAGCACCUUAUCUGUUUAACAAAUAAAAGUUAAAAAAUUAUGCUGAUCCCACGCACUGUGGGAGUCGAUGUAACCGCUUUCUGUGCUGUUUGCUUUGACGAUAAUUAGCGGUGAUGUUGAUGGCGAAUAUUUUAAUUUCUUCGUUUUGUCUAACAUGAGUGGCGAGUUGAUGUUAAAGGUACACUAAAGGCAAAUAUUAAGCUAAAGUUAUAGAUUAGUGCUCUGGAAUCUCUAAGGUGCUAAUAUCGCGAACAGAGCCUUAAUAAUCGAAAUUUAGGUAAAUGCAGGACAUGGUUAGACUUCCCCGGGACAUUCAAGUACUUGCCUGAUGACGAAAGCACUCCUCAGUUAAAUUCUGGCACUAGUACUCAACCACUCGUUGCAGAAAACAUCCUUGUAUUGCAUUAUAAGAUGAAAUAAAAUGCUACUUCUCCGGUUA